AGUCGGCCUUUGACACUUGUCAGUUGAAUUUAUUGAAAUAAUUUCUAUUGUAACAGAAAACGCCUCUGUUAAUUUCGCUGAUUUUCGAGAGGUAAUAUUAGUAAAAACAAUAAAUAAUCAACAUGAGUAACAGUUUACGAUGUGUUUUAUAUAUCUGCAUUGUCCUGAACGUAGUGCCUUACGUUUUCAGUAUUAAAUGCUGGAAUUGCCGGUCGAGCAAUGACCCGAAAUGCGCUGAUCCGUUCGACAACAGUACGGUGCCAAUAACAGAUUGUAAACAAGAGAAAGGAUUGUCUCAUUUACCUGGAGUCCGGCCUUCCAUGUGCCGUAAGAUCAGGCAAAAAGUGAAUGGAGAAUGGCGCUACUUCCGAGACUGUGCAUAUCUGGGUGAGGUUGGAAUCCAAGGAGACGAGAGAUUCUGUCUCAUGAGAACUGGUACCUAUAACAUUUUUAUGGAAUACUGUACUUGUAACAGUAAAGAUGGGUGCAAUUCUUCAUCAAUAUUUAGUCCGUUACCAUUAUUCUUUAUUGUUAUGACUACCGGUAUUCUGAAGAUGUUAUCUUAAACUUGUUGUUUGGAAUAUCUAUUGUGGUCUGUUUCAAUUACCUGUCUACUACUAUUAUUGGUAACUAGAGGUUAAAUUUAGACUGUACAACUAAAAAUAUUAAAGAAUUAACAGCCAUACUAAUGAACGAAAUAAAUUAGGGGCAUUAUCAGCUAAGCAGUUUAGUCAUUAUCAUUUUUACGGCUUACUCAUGCAACACAUAUUCUAGUGCAGCAAACAUUACGCAACUGAGCAAGCUAAACAAUAACAUCAAUUAUAGGUAAUUCAUUAUUUACUGUUUCUAAAAUUAUAACACAGAAGAUAUGAAUAUGAAUACUAAAAAUAAUUCAUUAAUUUUGAGUUGUUUUGCCCUUAAAACUAAGAAAGUUAUAAUAAUAAGAAUAUUUUACAUGUACAAAGUUUCUGUCGAUCAGAGAUUUUGCUCCAAGUUUUCUGUCGAUAGGUAAUUGAGACAGGCUG